UAUGUCUGCAUGAGGAGGAAGCAACAAACGCGCGUACCAUGGACAAAUUAGCGAUUUUUAAGUUGUUAAUUUUACUAUUUCUGUGUGGAGAAAAAGUGACUGAGGCUACCAAAUUAAACUUUCCUCGUGUUCUGCUGCCCAUCUUUGAUAAAAUCUCCAUCAAUUUUACAUUGCAAGUUAGUGAGAAAGGAUGCUACAAAUGGACUUCUUCAAGACAGGAUUUGAUAUUGAUUACGCCACUUUAUGAAGAUGCUGAUGAAACAGAGUGUUCCUAUGAAGCAACAGUUACCGUCCUAACGAGGGAACGCCGACGAAACACUGCAAUCGUUCUGGCUGAAAAUGUAGCCACUGGCGAUUCUCUGCGAUGCGAUGUUAUUUUGGAUGUGAUUGAUAGACUUGGCGUUGAGACAACAACACGCCAGUUAUAUCUAGAAGAAGCCCCCGAAACAUUCGUUCUACACGCAGAAGAUACGCAGGGCAAUGUAUUUACCACGUUAGAAGGCGUUGAAUUCAAUUGGGUUAUAUCCUCGUUGAAUAAGGACAGUAAAGACUGGUCAUCUGCUUUAAGGUUUUUAACAUUUACUGAAAGUCCGUACCAUGAAGUACCUAAAGCACUAGAGAAAUUUGAAGCACAAGGUCUAAAGGGGUAUAUGGUGUUGUUAGAAGGCAUUAAUACCGGAACAGCAAAGGUUACCGUAAAUCUGCCCUAUCCGGAGUAUGGUUAUGUUCAGCCAAUUGUAGUAUACAUUAAUGUUCUGGCUAAUAUCAUUUUGGAACCAUCAGAUGUUUAUGUUCUACCAGGGGAUACGGUCAACUUCCGUAUCCUGCAGUUGAAAGCAGGCAAAUUGCAGGAGAUUUCUCUAAAUAAUCAGUAUUUUUUGGAAAUUGAAGACAAUAAUAUAGCCAGUAUGAAAGGUGUUUCAGCAACUGGUCUUAAAGCUGGCACUACUAUGGUCGUAUUGCGAGAUCGCAACGUGCCCAAUGAUGGUAGUAUAGCGGGUGAUAGCGAGGCUAUGAAAAAUGCUGUGCCAAGCGCUCGUCUUACAGUUGCCCAUCCCAAGAAAUUAGGUCUGAGUCUUUUGCCGCAUAAUAAUUGGAUAACCGUUGAAGGGGAGAAACAUGAAAUCGCCGUAGAUUUAUUUACACACGAUGACCAUAAAAUUACAUUGGGUUCCCGUUAUUCUGUGAAUUCGGAAUUGGACGAAUCGUUGUUUUUUAUUCAGAAGCGUAGUAAGAACGGUUCACGUUUGUAUGGUGAAGCCAUUAGGGAGGGUAUUACCCCAGUAUACGGAUCUUUCAAAGAUUUGACGGCACAAGCUGAAUUACAAAUUUACAGCGAAUUAAUAUUGUUGCCUGCUAAAGUAAUUUUGCCAUAUGACCCAAAUAUCAUCAAAACCCAAAGAAUUCAAUUCCAAGCCAGAGGCGGUGACGGUUCUUACGUUUGGAUGUCACAUCAGCCACGUUUCUUGCAUAUAAAUCAAAAUGGUCUAGCCACUACAGUAAUACGGGAUUCGAAUGUCAAGAGCGGUUAUGAUACAUACGAUGGUGCCACCGGAACACUGUUGACUGCCCAUGCCCACGUAAAAGUUGCACUAGCAAAAAAUCCAAAAAUUUCACGAUUAGCGGAUGUUUACUUUGUGCCACCUGUAAAGCUAGAAAUUGUCAAAUAUAACUUUGAAACAUCUCUAAAUGAUUACGUUCAACUUCACGUAGCUGUCUAUGCCUACGUCAACAACACGCUUAUGCCGCUGACAAAGUGUGAAAACCUGGUCUUCGAUUUUGAAUUUUCUAACCAGAUAUUCCAAGUUGAUUAUAAUGCUGCCUCAGCUUACAAUACUGUAUUAUCUCCAGAGGCUUGUCAAGUUGUGCACUUGCGCAGUACUGCAAUUGGACUCACUCAUCUAAAGGUGUUUUAUAAAUUCCGAGAAAAAACGUUGAAAGAUGAAGUAACCCUAAGUGUUUUCGAACCGUUAGCAAUUCUAAAUCCUUUAGAGAACCAUGUAGUUUUGCCAAUUGGGUCGUCGCGUAAUGUUAUCUACACAAAUGGUCCACAGAAAAUAUACACACUCGAAGCAGAAUUGACGCAAGGUGUAGAUUACGACCAAAAUAUUGCUCGGGUUUCUGAAAUCGAAUUUGAUACACAAAACAACUUGUAUGCCUUCACGAUAUUGUGCCGUCAGGUUGGCGAGACAACUCUGGAAUUCAAUGUUUUCAAUGCAUUGCUUACACCAAAUUUCCAGCCGUAUCACUCCAAAAUUACCACCAACAUCUAUUGUGUGAAACCACGGUUCCUUAAUUUAUACACAAGGGAACAGUUGCGAUCAUCAUGCCCAUUGGAAAUGAGAAAUGCUUUGCUACAGCUAAAGGAUCAAGAUGACAAAUUCGAAAUCGAAAUUGAGGUUCAGGAUGCUAAAAAUCGUAAACUAAUGAAUAUCACAUCACUAUUUAUUGAUUGGGAGUUUGCGGCUGGAGAACAGCGUUAUCACAGUGGAGCCAUUAUGCAUCAUCGUGAAGCAGAAGAAGAAUACUUGGAAAGUAUUCGUUUGCCCGGUAAGGAUAUUCUGGUAACACAGCUGACAGAAGUUGCACAAAAUUUCCGCAUCAAGGGUGUAGUGACGAAGUAUGAUGACUUGGUGUUGAGAAAACAAAAUAUAUACCCUGAAGAGCCACCAUUUGGCAUCAAAAAUCCCAAGACUGGAGAUAUUUAUACGCCCAUCAUUGAGAAUGAAAUUCGGUUUAUGACUGUCAACAGUACCUUCUUCCCUUCGGACCACAUCAGCAUUUUCUUGGCGAAGGGUCGUCGUGAACGCAUCCCAAUGUCUCAAGGUAGUGGUUUCUAUGAUUUCCAACUUUCAGAAUCGGGAAUAGUUAAAGUUGAAUUUGACAACAAAGAAAAAGAACUGAUUGUGUCUCCCCUCCGGAUUGGACAUACUCGUCUUGAAUUGAUUGAUCGCUGCUUGAUGAAUGAACCUGCACAUUUGUCUAUUUCGGUAGUAAGCAUUGGGGCUAUACGUGUAGAAGUGCCUGAUAGAGUAGAACGUACAAAGUCGAUUGAAGCAAUUGUUAAACUGUAUGACUCUCACGAUAACUUGCUACACAUUGAUCCAUUCAAUUUGCAAAUCUAUGAAUUGUCAGAAGAAGUUUUCAAUGCGAAUAUAUUGAGCAUUCAAUUGGGUGAUCAAGUGGAUUUGGGUAUUGGCGAAAUAAGGUACAUAAUAACAGGCAAUAAUUUGGGUGAGACUAAAAUAAUUUUUAGUUCUGGUAGUGGUGAGAUGUUGGUAUCCAGCGAGCCUGUAAAUGUUCAAGUAUUCCCUCCUUUACGUCUAUACCCACGUAACAGUACGUUGGUUGUAGGAUCAAGCGUACAAAUUUACUACCAUGGUGGCCCACAACCAGAUGUAAAUAUUGUUUACCACGUCCACGAUCAAAAAGUUAUAAGUAUGGAAUCGGCUAUUGUAACUGCCUUCAAAUUGGGCGCUACUAAAAUUACCGGAAAAUGUAUAAUGACAAAUCCCAUAAAUGGCAAAGAGGUUGUAGUUUCCGAGGAUACUGUUGAUAUACACGUAGUACCAUUGGUUAAUAUUCAAAUAAAAACACCUUUGGUGCGUAUCCGCAGUGGAGCCGUUAUGCCAGCUUAUAUAUGGGGAACUCCUGAUUUAUCUCCCAUGGUCUUGGGCACCUUGUCUAAUAUGCAUAUAACAUGGUCAACUAAUCAACCCGAUGUAAUUAAUAUAUACAACGUUUUUGCUGAUGCCGGCAUUGAAUACUCUGAUACUGAUUUAAUUUCGGUUCGUAUUAAGGCAUUAAACCCUGGAAAAGCAAAAAUCCAGGCAACCGUUCAAUUACCGGGCGGACAGAAAAUCUCUACUUUUGUCGAAGUAGUUGUUUUCAAACAACUUGAACUGGAAUCUCCAAAACACAUAACCACGGAUACAAUUUUGCUAGCACCACGUAGCUCCAUUCAGUUGAAAGCGAACUUAGACGAUGUCCUCUAUAGACUGUCCAGUGAUAGUAAUGCCAUUGUUAAAGUGACGCCAGAUGGUAUUGUACGGACACAAGAGACUUUGGGCAGAGAUUUAGUCAUUGCGAAAACAUUUGAUCAAACUUUAGCCAUUGGUAUUGAGGUUAAAAAUGUCCAAUACAUUAUGGCCGCGCUGGUGUAUCCCACAAUCAAACUAAAGAAUACCGAAGAGAAAAUUCCACGUGGCAUGAAUUUCGUGUUGAAAGUUUCAUUGCAUGACAAUUUAGGCAAUGAAUUCUCGCACAAUAUCGAAGAUGUCAACGGCUUGAAAUAUGAUUUAUCUCACAAGGAUAUUGUGGAUGUUCAAAUUGGCAAUAAUUUAACUGUUGCGAUAAAUCUGCCACGUGAAACGAGCAACAUGAUUGCCAUAAGUUUAAAGGAUGCUACGGGAGUUAAGCAUGCUGAGGAUUAUAUCAAACUGUCAGUUGGCGAUUCCAAGCAUAUUUAUCCAACUAAGACAAUUUUCUCUGUCGGUGACAUUAUAUGCUUUGAUUCUCCACUGCCAUUGUCAUCGAUUUGGAUGAGUUCGGAUGAACAAAUUAUCUCCAUCGACAGUCGAACAGGAGUUGGCAGAGUACUUGGAAAUCGUUAUAAAUUGGGCGAAAAAGUGCUCGUUACCAAUGGCGAUAAGGCAAGCGGCAAUUUUAUAAAAUAUGAUGUUGAAGUUCGUGAUGCCGAUGUGAUACAAUUUGAAAAAUCUUAUGAUAUAUUUAGUGGGUCUCUUUAUCGUGGACAUUUUGUUGUGCGCAAUCAUUUGCAAGUUGAUAAAUUUACAAAUUUGGUAAGUUUUCCAAUGGAAACAACGGGUAGUAGCUGUGCUGCAGAUUAUAGUGCUCUCGUCGAGGGUCUAUCUGCACUGCUUUACGACUAUUCAAUGCAUUGA